GAUCCCACUGACCCCCAGUGGUCAGGGUCCUCAGCCAAGACCACCAUAGGGCUCAAGUUCAGGUGAAGCCUGAAGGACGUGCUGGGGUGACCCGGACUGCUGGAAGCCAGGAGCUCAGGGCUGCUCUCGCCCGGCCUGAUGCAGUUCACACCCCCAUGAGCGUGGCCGCCUGGAGGAGCCAGUCACAGCCUGACCAACAGUGACGUGAGACUCGCCCUGUUACACCGCCCCCUGCCCCCCACUGUGCCCUUCCUCCCGUGUACAAAGUCCUGAGUUCCCAGCUGCAGAAGUGAAGUUUGCACAGCACACUGACUGUAAAUCCUGCAACAGCAUUUCCCAGAGAGGAGCACGUGCAGAUAAACCGGGAUUCAGAUACCGGGGUGGAGCUAGGCUCCAUGCAUCCACGGGGCCUGUGAGUGACCUGGACGUCCGAGGGUCCUCUCUGGUGGCCAUGGGGGCCUCCUGGCCCCAGCUGCCGGCCCUCCUGCCGCUCCCGUGCCCUCCCAGGGAGGCGCCGGGCGGUGCGGAAGCCCCCGCCUGCCCAGGUGGGCCCGGCUGAAUGGGGGGCUUGUGCUGCCGCCGCCAGGGCGGGACCUGGCGUCCACCCGCCCCCUGCCCCGCCUGCCUGCCCACCGCGCCGCUGCGCCGCGGUGCGCUCAGAGUGCGACUGCAGCCAUGGCCGGAGCCCCCACCCUGGUCCUGCUGCUGCUCGGGCAGCUGCUGGCCACGACGGCAACCAAGGCGCAGAAAGUGGGACCUCGGGGCCCCCCUGGCCCCCCGGGGCCACCUGGGAAGCCAGGCAAGGAUGGCAUCGAUGGGGAAGCUGGUCCUCCGGGUCUGCCUGGGCCCCCGGGACUGAAAGGGGCCCCAGGGAAGCCCGGGAACCCAGGAGAGGCAGGACUGCCUGGACUGCCUGGCGUGGACGGUCUAACCGGGGGGGAUGGACCCCCUGGACCCAGAGGCGCCCCUGGAGAACGGGGAAGUCUGGGCCCUGCUGGGCCGCCCGGGCUGGGGGGCAAAGGCCUGCCCGGACCCCCCGGCGAGGCAGGGGUGAGUGGCCUCCCAGGUGGAAUCGGCCUCCGGGGCCCUCCGGGACCCUCGGGACUCCCAGGCCUUCCUGGCCCACCGGGACCUCCUGGACCCCCUGGUCACCCAGGGGUCCUCCCCGAAGGCGCUGCUGACCUUCAGUGCCCGGCCAUCUGCCCGCCAGGCCCUCCAGGGCCCCCGGGGAUGCCAGGGUUCAAGGGACCCACCGGCUACAAAGGGGAGCAAGGAGAAGUUGGCAAGGACGGCGAGAAGGGUGACCCCGGCCCCCCUGGGCCUGCCGGCAUCCCAGGCACUGUGGGACUGCAGGGUCCUCGGGGCCUACGAGGACUGCCAGGGCCACUCGGGCCCCCGGGGGACCGGGGUCCCAUUGGAUUCCGAGGGCCACCCGGGAUCCCAGGAGCCCCUGGGAAAGUGGGGGACAGAGGCGAGAGGGGCCCAGAGGGGUUCCGUGGCCCCAAGGGUGACCUUGGCAGACCGGGUCCCAAAGGGGUCCCUGGAGUGGCCGGGCCCAGUGGAGAGCCGGGCAUUCCAGGCAAGGACGGCUGGGACGGCGUGCCAGGACUCGAUGGCCAGAAGGGAGAGGCCGGUCGCAGUGGUGCCCCAGGAGAGAAGGGCCCCAAUGGGCUCCCGGGUCUCCCAGGACGAGCAGGGUCCAAAGGCGAGAGGGGAGAGCUGGGCAGAGCCGGCGAGCUUGGCGAGGCUGGCCCCUCAGGAGAGCCUGGGGUCCCCGGAGAUGUUGGCGUGCCCGGGGAGCACGGCGAGGCUGGCCACAGGGGCUCAGCGGGAGCUUUGGGCCCACAGGGCCCUCCUGGGGCUCCUGGCAUCCAGGGCUUCCAGGGCCGGAAGGGCAGUAUGGGAGACCCCGGUGUGCCAGGCCCGCAGGGCCUCCGAGGUGGCGUGGGUGACCGGGGCCUUGGAGGAGCCACAGGCCCCAAGGGAGACCAGGGCAUCGCAGGUUCUGAUGGUCUUCCUGGGGACAAAGGGGACCUGGGUCCCCGUGGCCCUGUAGGACCCAAAGGAGAGCCUGGCAGUCGAGGGGAGCUGGGCCCAAAAGGCAUCCAGGGUCCCAACGGCACCAGUGGUGUGGAGGGCGUCCCGGGCUCCCCCGGCCCCGUCGGCUUCCAGGGUGUACAAGGUGUGCCCGGUGUGACAGGGAUACCUGGCGUCCCGGGCCGAGAAGCCAGCGAGCAGCGCAUCAGGGAGUUGUGCGGGGCCAUGAUCGGCGAACAAAUCGCCCAAUUAGCUGCUCACCUGAGGAAGCCUUUAGCACCAGGAUCCAUGGGUCGGCCUGGUCCAGCUGGACCUCCAGGACCUCCGGGGUCCCCAGGCUCCAUCGGCCACCCGGGUGCUCGAGGGCCCCCUGGAUAUCGCGGUCCCACUGGAGAGCUGGGGGAUCCUGGACCCAGAGGCCACCAGGGCGACAGAGGAGACAAGGGCUUGGCUGGCACGGGUCUUGACGGGCCUCAUGGAGACCAGGGGCUCCAAGGACCACAAGGUGUGCCUGGCAUCAGCAAAGACGGCCGCGACGGGGCCCACGGUGAGCCCGGGCUUCCUGGAGAUCCUGGCCUUCCCGGCGCUGCUGGAGCCCAGGGGCCCCCUGGCAUCUGCGACACCUCUGCCUGCCAAGGAGCCGUGAUGGGAGGCGGCGGGGAAAAAUCAGGUGCUAGACGCUCCUAAAACAGAACCUCAGAAGGUGAGAGGAGUGGCAAGCCCCGAGGGCCACGCCUGGAGUGUUGCACACUGUGCUGCCGUGCCGUCAGGCGAGGCCUUCCUGGCUGCCCCAACAUGUCCUCAAUGGCAGCAGCUGGACGCUUGGUUUCAGGGGAAACCGUGCCCGUCCCUGAGCUGUUGUCAAGCACUCCGUCUCCGCGAGUAUUAACGGUGGUCCGUUUCAGCUGUGACAUCAUACCUCAGACACAGACCCUAUGUAAUAAAAUUGUAAACCCAGCAUUUGAGAGGGAGAGAGCGUGUACAUACACGAAGUUUUGUAGGAUUCCAACAGAUAAUAUUCAGCGACUUGUUUACAUAGCAUUUGUUUAAAGUCUAAAUAUAAUCUCAAUAAAGUGAUAUUAUAUCUUCAGAUUGACUACCCACAGUGUAACAAAAAAUUAACUUAAUGUAUGGGUCCCUUUGACACAAAGCUCUCACCUGAGUCAGCUCCUGCUUUUGUGGACAAACUAUCUCCAAAAAACAGUAUUUAUUGAAGGUGACUUUGUAUCACACUAAAGUCUACUGGUAUGAUCUGUUGUAAUAAAUAAAGCCACUCAUUUGAAAAACUCCAUUCCAAACACUACAGUUUAUUACAUAGCAAGCAUGACCCUCCAGGUGAAAGCGAAGGCCCUGAAGCCACCCGCCGUGACAAUGUUUCAUGUGGACAAAAGGGGCCUUACGGGAAGUCUGGAGGACAUUCAGUGGAAGGGUCAGGACAGGACUGCCUUUUGUGACAUAGUGCCUUUCCACUGGGACCAUUACAAGGGGGAGUGAGAAACAAAUGAGAUAAAAUCUCAAACUACUUCUAGUUAAGAACUAUUUAA